AUGUCCCAAAUCUACAAGACUAGACUGCAAAAACAAACUAAUAUAAGUAUAUCUCAAAUAGACUAUUACGAAAAUAUCAUGUAUGACAAAUUUGCAGACGAUGUUGUUGUUAAAUCUAAAAUAUUUGCACCAUCGAUACAAAAUGCUGAAGUCAAUUCAAGGAAAUCAAAGAAUUGUGAUAUUAGAAACGAUAAUUUAAUUUUUAACGCCACGUCUUUGAGACAGGCUAAAAUUCUAGGUCAAAUAGAUCGUAAAUUUAUUGCCGCAACAAUUAAUGGGAAGAAAACUGAGGUUAAUGUAGAUUUUUUGGUACUUUUCGAUCAGCACGCGGUCGAUGAGAGAGUUAAUCUUGAAAGGAAUUUAGCGGAAUACUUUAAUGGAGAAUUCUGGCGUAGUGUUGAAGUAGAUUCAAUACCACUCAAGCUGAAUGAAAACGAAUUGUUGUAUUUGCAUAAUCACAAACAUAAAUUGUCGCAAUUCGGUUUACAAUGGACAUUUCAAGAGAACAAAAUAUUGAUUAAUUCUAUACCUAAAGCAAUUAUAGGCAAAAAUGACAGACAGGAGCAAAUAGUUCUUAAAGCUGUUCACCGUCUGAUAUUAGAACAAAUUGAUGUCAUUGAAACGAUUGGUGGUAAUCUAAAUAUAUUCCCCAAAGCAAUUAUGGAUCUUGUUUUCAGUGAGGCUUGUCGGAAUGCAAUUAAAUUUGGCGAUAACGUAUCUAUAAGUGAUUGUACAACUUUGCUUGAGUCUCUUUCAUCCUGCAAAACCCCAUUUCAAUGCGCCCAUGGUCGACCUGUGAUGGCAGUUCUAAUGGAACUUCCUACUAACAUUCGUAAUUACAAGGUAUAA